AUGAUUCAGAUUGAAGAAAGAAACCAGGAGGGUCCACAUAUUCUCAUCGAGGCCGUUACCCCAUCACUGUUGCAGAUGUUCACUGUGGAGGAUAUGGAAAUUGGGUAUGAAGAUGCCAGAGAUAUUUUAUUGGAUCCUAUCGCUAAAAAUUACGGGAAACUAGUCUCUGAGAGACAGCUUGUGAGGAAGCGGGCAAUGAACAGUUAG